AUGCGGCUCAGGAACGUACAUAUCCUCGUCAUCGUCUUGGCUGCUGGUCAGACCACAGCCGUUACUCAAAUUACCGAUGACCAUAUGGCGAGCCUCCUUAGCCAAGGAGGUGCAGAGCUUGCAGACCUCUAUGCGCCCAUGUGGUUUUUUGGCCAGGCUCUGAACCAGCCCCCUUGUUACCCGACAUGGGCCUUUGGUGGCUCUCCUACUUCCAAUGAUGUGUACGACAGCACCCACAAGACCCCUGCGGCGGCACAGUGUGAGUAUCCGGACGUUGGAUGCAAGUGUCGUAACCCAGGAAUGGCCACUAACAACAGGGCACCGGACUUUCCGAUCUACUAUACCUUUAAGAGGUGUAGUGAUACCGAAGUGCGAGUGGCAUAUAAUCUCUUCUAUGAGAAGGACGGUGCCAAAGUCAUCGGGGUUAUUGACACUGGCCAUGACUACGACUGGGAGAGAGUUAUAGUCAUCCAUUCCCGAGAUAACAACAACAUGUGGGCACCCUCGCGAGCACUUCUCUCCUCCCAUAGCGGCUAUCACAACCUAGCCUGGGGAGAUAUUCAGAAUACCCUCACCACGAAAGAGAUUCAGGCUGGAGAUUCCAAUGACCCCAAUGGGGUCCGAAAUAAUGAUCACCCCAAGGUCUAUAUCUCUUGGUCGAAGCAUGCCCAUUUCGAUACGCGCAAUACUGGCUGGGUUGACCCAAUCAGUCAGUCAACAGAUAACGCAUUCCGAAGUAAUGAUUGGUGGCAUUAUGUCGACAAGAAAUACUAUAUCUUAUCGGAUAAUUCUACCGACGCCGGCAAAGCUCUGGGAGGUGUUGACUGGGGUAGUGCCACCAGUAACCCCCCUUAUUUAAAGAAGAUGUCCUGGGUUCAGAAGACUUUCUCCCUCCCCCCACAGGCUCGCGGCUCGUACCUAAUCACGGACUACGUUGAAACUCAACUGCCGGAGAUCAAGAACUACAAAGUCGGCAUCUUGCACCUCUUCAUCAAGCAUACGAGCUGCGCUCUUUCACUAAAUGAGAACUGGGACGAUGAUGUUCAGGCAGAUAUGACUGAUGCGCUUGAGCGAAUUGUGCCCUAUGAUAAGAAGGGUAACCUCUACCGCCAUUCUGCGGAAGGAGAGGACGAUAUGCCGGCACAUGUGAAAUCCGCGUUGAUUGGUGCUUCGGUUAGCAUCCCUAUCUCCAAUGGGCAGUUGGCCACCGGUACUUGGCAGGGGAUUUGGUAUUUGGAGUUCAGGGCUCAUAAGCAUAGAAGAAAUGUUGUCGCAACCAUCCAGGGAGAGAAGAGCGAGUGACUCGAUAGCAAUAUAAGGGGGAAUUUAUGAUUUAUGAUGUUAUAUGAAUGUUGAUAGGCUUAGAAAAGGUGCUGUGGUGUGUAGGUGUUGAUUGCUUCGUAUAUAAUAUCGCACAUAUGUAGAUAUAAUACGGAUGAAUUCU